AUGGAUAUGGUAAGGAAUAUUACAUCUAAAAAUAUGGGUGAAAUGUAUGUAGUUUCCUCUUGGUUUUAUAACAUGAAAUGUUUUUCUUUUGAAAUCGAUUUCUUAAAAUACUGGUUUCUGGCUAAGCAGAGGAGACAACACCCUGGAAAUGAGGACUCUGUGUGUUCUGCUCAGCAGCCUCAGGCAUCUUGCCCCUGGCAAAACACUGAAGGAAGUUCACCUCCUGUUCACCUUUAUGGUUCAAAGAACCUCUUUACAAUGGAGAGACUUGGUGGGGGGAUGGUUGGUUCAAUUAGUCCAGAAAUAAUAUAAUAAUAAUAUAAUAUAAUAUAAUAUAAUAUAAAAAUAUAAUAUAAUAAUAUAAUAUAAUAAGAAGCUGCAAUUUGCCUAGUGCCCUGGGGUCAUGACUGCCCUCUGUUCCCUCAAUAUGGGAAACUUCAACUACUGUCUGUAGUCCUGAAUAGUGUAUUCAUGUUAAUUGGGGAACGUUCAGGCUUAUUGUAUCUCUGAAACAGUUUGAUUGGCUGCUAGCCUUACUAGAGUCUAAACUACUGUACAGUCUUGCACCUCAUUUGCUACUGCUUCCUGUCAUUACAUCAUCAGUAACUUUGAAGGUCCAAUGCAGCCGUUUUUAUCUCAAUAUCAAAUCAUUUCCUGGUAACAGUUAAGUACCUUACUGUGAUUGUUUUCAAUUAAAAUGGUACAAAUAAACAAAAAUAGCUUCUUAGCAAAGAGUCAUUUCUCAAGCAAGAAUUUUACUAGGACUGUCUGGGAGACGUCUGAGUGGGGAGGGGAAAACUGAAAACUAGCUGUUAUUGGCAGAGAGGUUUGGAACGCUCUUUCUUGUUGGUCUAUUAACUAAUUUACCACCUGGUGAUGUCACCAAGCAGGCCAAAACUCCAUCCCACCAAAACAGGCUGGAAUUUUAGGCGGUCUUUUCAAACAGCUCUUACACUAAAAGGGCAUUAGCAUCAAUUUCACAAUUUCACAGUAUUAUUCCAACCUCAUAGUGUGGAAAUAUAUAUAAAACACAGGACAAUCACGUUUUUGACUGCACUGGGCCUUUAAUGAAAAGUAGACAUCUCACUACUUUUCACUUUACUACUCUCAGGGCAGAUACAGUACACACUUCGAAUACAAAGACUAUCUGUUUCCAUGUGUUUCUGUAGGAGGGAAGGAGCAUGUCCAGGAUGUCUAUGAGUCGUUCUCCAGUUUCUCCAAUGAAUGCCCAGGGCAUCCCAUCACCGGCCCAGCUGACUAAAGCCAAUGCCCCGGUCCACAUUGAUGUGGGAGGACACAUGUACACCAGCAGCCUGGGGACUCUCACUAAAUACCCAGAGUCUAGGUAAGGCCAUUACAGGAUGCAUCUGGCACCGUGGCAUAUGGCACCAUAUUUUUUCAUGAUAAAUAACUUAUUAUUGAAUGAUACAACAAGUUCAUGGACAGCUUCAUACCGACAGUGCGUUAUGACUGAUACAUUACUAAAAUACUUAUAGAAAUCCACACAACGUCAUGUUGAAACAAGAACUUUGGUAACCAUGAUAAUUGUUGAGAGAUCUAGCAAAAGGAGAGAGAAAGGGCUAGAGAGAAAAGAAAGUGAAUAUUUUAAUUGCUUUUUGUAGGACAAAGAGAGAGUGGAGAAGGCAGAGAAAGAGAAGGCUGAGCUGCCUGGAGCUGUGAGGUGACACUCCUGCUGGAAGAGUAGAGGACCACCUCAGGCAGAGAGGAGAGAAUAAGAAAGAUGUGUAACUGGGCUUAUAGAAAGCAGUUGGCAUCGAUUUCCAGAGAGAGGGAGGGAGGGAGAGAGAGAGAGAGAGAGAGAGAGAGAGAGAGAGAGAGAGAGAGAGAGAGAGAGAGAGAGAGAGAGAGAGAGAGAGAGAGAGAGAGAGAGACGAUAGACGAGAGAUAGAUCGAGAUAGAGAGAACAGAGCAGGAGAUCUAUAGAAGCUCUCGCGAUCAUCUAUCUCCACUCUCUCGCUCUCUCCCUGCUCCUCUACAUCUCGCGCCUCCUAUCUAGCAGAGAGAGCAGAGAGAGAGAGAGAGGAUACAUGUUGUAAUUAACCCAGUAUGAGUAUGUGAUUCAGAAGUCGUAGUAAACCCAUAGUAUUUUCUAUACUAAAAUAAACAAUAUGCAGAUGUAGCCCAAUUCCGGCCUAAAAUGUAAGUAAUGAUCAAACACUAGAAACAAGUUUUACGAUUGACUAAGUAUACUUCAAGUACUACUUGAUUCAAAGUAUGAAUUUAGAGCUCCCAACCAUUGUCUUUUUCUGUUCUCCAGAAUCAGUCGUCUGUUUAAUGGAACAGAGCCCAUCGUAUUGGACAGCUUGAAGCAGCACUACUUCAUCGACAGGGAUGGAGACAUAUUCAGAUACAUCCUCAGCUUCCUCAGGACCUGCAAACUACUACUCCCAGAGGACUUCAAGGUACAGUACACACUACAGGACAGCUCUCUUACAGCUCAUAUCUCAAAGAGUAACAUAAUACAUUACAUUAUGUACUGUAUGUCUAACAAAGGUGGUUUGGUUGAACUAUGCUCACGUGAUAAGGUAACUUGCCCGAGCCAUGAAGACAUGUUAUUUCUUUGAGCUAAUGCCUAGGCUUUUGCUCAACGGGCUAACACAGUCUCUGAACCACCUCAUUUCCAAAUCCGUUUUUACACAUACAAACAAUUACAAACCUAGUAUCUCUCACAGUUUUCAGGAUGGUUAUGCAAAUGAAAACAUGACCGUAAAGUCAUACAAUUAUCCUGCUGUGCCCAGAAACACAUAUUUAUCUUCAUUCUAUCACUGUGUACCACUAUAAGCGCUCAGUGUGUGGAAACUCUGUAGCUUUCUGACACUUUAAUCAGGUCUCCAUUUCGCCCUGGGCUCCUACAGGGGUCGAUUCUGCAUAGCUGGAAGCAGGGGCACUGUGUGUUUUGCUAAAUUGAUGUGUGAGGAGGGCAUGUGUGUGCAUGUGUGUAGAGACUGUGUGUGUGUGUGUGUGUAUGCGAAAGUGCUUACAUAUGUAUGUGUGUGUGUGUGUGUAUGUGUAUCUGGCAUCUCUCUCUCUGUAGUUAGUGUAGCUGUGUUAUUCUGUGCUUUGCCCAGGAUGACUAAAGUACCCUGCAGAUAGAGCCCUAUUUUAUAAAACACAUCUAUCCCUCGCUUCAAGCCUAUGAAGGGAGGGGAGCUAAGGAGGCAGGCUUUGAUACAGAGAGGAGCCUGAGGGGGUAGCAGCUCUGUGUCUGCCUGAUGUCAGAAGCAGUAUGGAGAAAAGCAGAGAAAAAUAAGCAGCUCUCUCUUUAUCUCUCACGCAGUAAUUAUGAACAGAAGUGUCUGCUGUGUGUCAAAUCAAAUCAAAUGUGUUGAGUCAAAAGAGUUAGUGCAAAAAGGGUCAAUGCAGAUAGUCCGGGUAGCUAUUGGUUAACUAUUUAACUAACUAUUUAGCAGUCUUCUGGCUUGGGGGUAGAAGCUGUUCAGGAUCCUGUUGGUUCCAGACUUGGUGCAUCGGUACCGCUUGCUGUGUAUGUGUGUGUUUGUAUGUGCUGCAGUAGUAUCAUAAUAUUGGGCAUGCAAGGGGAAGAGACAGGGGACAGUGAGAUGUACAGAUAUGUCUUGUGUGUGGAGAUAAACAUUUGGUAUAAAUGAAUCCAUCACAUACAUUCAACAGAAGGAACUAGUUAUGUACUUUAUCUGAAUGUAGUAUGUAUGAGUUGUAAUUGUGUUAUGACGUCCUUAGGUUCCCUUCAAUAAAGUGUUACUGAUACGUUUAAUACUUUGAAUGCCCUAAUAUAUUACAAUAGUGCCCAACACCUCUGGGCAUCCUGAAAUUCAAACCCUGUGUGUGUAUUAUAGUUAAAUUAGCUUUGGUUCCAGGCAGUGUAUUAGUUAAAUCCUUUGUCGUUAUCAAGUUAAACACGUUUAUCUAUCCAGACAACGACAAAGCAGUUGGCUGACAAAUAACCACAUCUGGCAGCCAUCCAGACUAUACUCAUGUCAGUUUGUUUAUGAAUGUCAGUAUGUGUGUUUGUCAGUGCGUGUUUGUUUAUGAACGUCAGUAUGUGUGUUUGUCGGUGCGUGUUUGUUUAUGCUUUCUUGAGUGUGUUGUGUGUACAGUAUGUAUCCUUCCUUAUACAGUAUGUGUUUGUUUCUACUAUGGCAGGACUUCCCCCAGCUAUACGAGGAGGCUCGCUACUACCAGCUGACCCCCAUGGUCCGCGAGCUGGAGCGCUGGCUGACAGAGCGGGAGGGCCAGAAGAGCCGGCCCUGCGAGUGCCUGGUGGUCCGAGUGACCCCUGACCUGGGUGAGAGAAUUGCCCUCAGCGGGGAGAAGGUGCUCAUUGAGGAGAUCUUCCCCGAGACUGGAGACGUCAUGUGUAACUCGGUGAACGCCGGUUGGAACCAGGACCCCACACAUGUUAUCCGGUUUCCGCUCAACGGCUACUGCAGGCUCAACUCAGUUCAGGUAUGGACGUUAAUGUAGUUCUAUAGGUCAGCUCUGUUAUGUAGUUCUGUAGGUCAACUCUGUUAUGAUGUGGUUCCUUCCAGGUCAACGCUGUUAUGAUGUGGUUCCUUCCAGGUCAACUCUGUUAUGUUACACUGCAGAGCAGAUCAGGUCAUCCAGUAAUGCUGGAGACUCGAAUUAAUCUCAGUAACAUGGCAGACAGACUCACUCCAGUCACUUUGCAGACCCAGUUCUAAACUCAAAGCUAAUCUUCGAGUGCUGUCUGCGUAACUAAGUUCAGGCGCAGUGUAGUUCUCGUUCAACUCCGUAAUGCGUAUAAGGAAGAGGGUAUAACAAUUGCUUACUCAGCACUAUAACUACGCAGCCUGAGAUCCUUUGGCAGGGCACUGUCGACCAUUCCAAAGUCUAUGUUGAAAAUGAAAGGAGACCAGGCAUUUGGAAUGGUCUGCCAGGAGAGAUCAGGCUUACAGAUUCAGUGCCUCUUUUUAAAUCCCUGCUGAAAACACACUUUUAUAAAGAUACUUUUAAUGUGUGAUUGCAAUGAUUUUAAUUCUCCUUCCUCCUGUCUUUGUUUCUUUGUUAGUACUUUUAAUUUUAUUAUUUUAUGACGUGAACCCCUCUGUUACCUGUAUUGAAAAACUCUAUACAAAUAGUUAUGAUUAACUAAUGUCAAAUGUCUAAAGCCCCUGUCUGUCUGUCUGUCUGUCUGUCUGUCGCUCGCUCGCUCUCUGCAGGUUCUGGAGAGGUUGUUCCAGAAGGGCUUCAGCGUGACGGCGUCGUGUGGCGGCGGAGUUGACUCCUCCCAGUUCAGCGAGUAUGUCCUGUGUCGUGAGCUCCACAGGGGUCAGUCCAUCGGCACCACCACCACUAUCCGCAUCAAACAGGAGCCUCUGGACUAG